AUGGCGACCAGCGGCGAUCGCGGGGAGGGGUGGCUGGUGGGAGCCAUCGAUCAGGGCACGACGAGCACGCGGUUCUUCCUAUACGACGAGCAUUUGCGCGUCGUCGCGUCGCAUCAGAUGGAAUUCGAGCAGAUUCAGCCUCAAGCCGGGUGGGUGGAGCAUGACCCCAUGGUCAUCCUCUCUACAGUCCGCCAGUGCAUGGAGGGAGCGAUUGCAGCAGCGCGGAGCAAGGGGGUGCACGUGGGGCCUGACACGGUCAGGGCGGUGGGGCUGACCAAUCAGAGGGAGACAACUGUCGUGUGGCGCAGGAGCACGGGCGAGCCUCUGUAUAAUGCCAUAGUGUGGAUGGAUGUGCGCACGAGCGCUGUGUGCCAGCGAUUGGAGCAGCAGCUUUCAGGCGGACGGGAUGAAUGGAGGGGCGUGACGGGGCUGCCCCUCAGCACCUACUUCAGCGCCCUCAAGCUGACGUGGCUGCUGGAGGAGGUGCCAGCUGUCAGGCAGGCAGUGGAGGAAGGCGAUGCGCUGUUUGGCACCAUUGACACGUGGCUCAUCUGGAACCUGACAGGUGGAGCCCGCCACGUGACGGACAGCAGCAACGCCUCGCGCACGCUCCUCAUGGACCUCAGGGCGCUGCAGUGGAGCCAACCCAUUCUCGACGCUCUCAACAUUCCCAGAAGCAUCCUCCCCAGCAUCAUUUCCAGCGCUGAGCACAUCGCCCCUAUAGCCCCUUCAUGGCCACUAGCAGGGGUGCCACUAUCAGGCUGUCUGGGGGAUCAACACGCCGCCAUGCUGGGGCAGCGGUGCUCUCAGGGGCAGGCCAAGGCCACCUUCGGCACGGGGUGUUUCAUGCUGCUCAACACAGGACCACAGGUGUGUACGUCCCAGCAUGGCCUGCUCAGUACGGUGGCUUUCCAGCUGGGGAGAAAGGAAGAGGGGAGAGAAACGGAGGCCAGAGAGGAUGCCAGUGGGGAGGCAGGCACAGCGGGCAGCACAAGUGCAAGAGACACAGAAGAAGCUGGUAGUGGCAUGGGCAGGAGUGCCAGCGGCGGCAUUGGUGGCAGCAGCAGUGGCGGUAGUGGCACGUGCUACUAUGCCUUGGAGGGAAGCAUAGCCAUAGCAGGGGCAGCAGUGCAGUGGCUGAGGGACAACCUCGGGAUCAUCUCCAGCACCAAGGACGUGGAGGCCCUGGCGGCCUCGGUGCCAAACACGGGAGGGGUUUACUUCGUGCCCGCAUUCAGUGGGCUGUUUGCACCUCGAUGGAGAGAGGACGCGAGGGGAGUGAUAGUGGGUCUCUCCCGCUUCACUACAAGAGCGCACAUUGCCCGGGCCGUGCUAGAAGCAAUCGCAUGGCAGACUCGGGAGGUGCUAGAUGCAAUGCGGUCUGAUGCGGUGCACUCAGGAGCAACAGGAGUUGGGAGCACUGGCAGCAGCAGUGACAGCAACAGGGAAGGCAGUGGGGAGGGCAGCAAGGAGCAGUUUGUGUUGAGGGUGGAUGGAGGGGCGUCAGUCAACAACCUGCUCAUGCAGCUGCAGGCUGACUUUCUCGGAUGCCCGGUGCAGCGGCCAGCAGACAUCGAGACAACAGCGCUGGGAGCAGCACUCGCCGCAGGCAUAGGAGUCGGUCUGUGGAGCGAAGAGGAGGUGCUUGGGGGGGCGGUUGGUGGGGAUGAGCAAACUGCAGAGGGGGGGGCGCCAGAUGGUGGGAGAGGAGUGGUGUUUCUACCGUUGAUUACGUCGGAAGCAAGGGAGCAGAGGUUUGCGUCGUGGUGCAAAGCGGUGGAGCGGUCGCUUGGACUCUCUGAUCUCGUAUGA